UCGGAGGAGGGGUGCCGCUCGCUGAACGCCUGUGUCAGCUCCAACAGUUUGCUAUCACCCGUACCUGUGGGCCUGAUGUAGCAGGUUGUCACCUCCUCUGCAAUGAAGGAAAUCCACUCCAGUGUCGUGAUUAUGGACUGAAGGUCAUCCACAAGACUCAGUCACGCUAGGCCGACAGUUGGGCUGAUGACCAGCAUGGCUACUUGUUCCUGAAUCAAAGAUGCAUGCUCCCUCUUUGGAUUCAUCCAUCUGACCACCACUGAACUGAUCUACCCCUCCAUCAGACAGUCCCAUCUCCACUUCCACUGUACUCUGUUGUUUUCUAGUUGUCUCGCCUUCAGUCAUUGUCCUCGUCUGACCCUCCGCAUGUCUUUCAGAUAGAGAGGGAAGUAUUAGCUGACUGUGUGAUAGGACAGUUCCUCCCUGUUAUUCAUGAGAAGUCAGGAGGACCACAUGCAGCAGAGGGAUGACAGUCAAAAGGAGUCAGGGGGGGUGGGCCCCAUUUCAGGUCAUGGAGCUAGAAGAGGCGCAGGAGGCCCGGGGUUGAGGAGGGCCUCAUCCCAGUCAGAGCACCCCUCCUUCAGUAAGAUGAGCCAAAACGCCAGGGAGAGCAUGGGGGUUUUUGGCCAGGGACUGAAACAGCUGUUCCAGCAGCAGCGUAAACGCCUCUCCCUCUCUCGCUCCACCAUCCCGUCUUCAUCUUCCUCCUCGUCUUCCUCCGUAGUGUCAGCAGGUGGCACCUCCCCCUCCGCCCCUGAGAACGCCUCAGGGCCCUGCUGUCCUGAAUCUGACCACCUCUCUGCUCCUGUGGUUCCCUCCGCAGCUGGCCAGGGCUCAGCCACUGUGGGCAUGAUGAGGCGUGGGACGAGCCUGCAGAGCCGCCGCAGCAAAGGCUCGGGAUCUGGGAGUGGAGAGCGCGAUCCUCUCCUAAGAGGUAGCCCCCAGGCCCCACACCGCCGCAACACCCACGAUCCACAGCAGCACACCAGCCGCCCACGCUCCUCUUCCACCACUGACACCACUCCCAGCAGCCCCACACCUGGAUAUACUGGAGGCGAUGUGGUGCUGUCAUCGGGGUACCAGUCCACAGAAGAGACAGACAGGAUCGACCGGCUGGAGGUGAGCGGGCUGGGCCAAACACCCCUGGCUGUUUCAUGUGGGGUGGACAGCUCAUUCCCAGGAGGUGAGGAUGGCACCCCAGACCCUCAGCGCACAAAGCAGGCAAUCGCACAGCUGCAGCAGAAAAUCCUCAAACUCACAGAGCAGAUUAAGAUCGAGCAAACAGCCAGGGACGACAACGUCGCAGAGUACCUCAAACUGGCCAACAAUGCCGACAAACAGCAAAGCACACGCAUCAAACAGGUUUUUGAGAAAAAGAACCAGAAGUCAGCGCAGACCAUCCAGCAGCUGCAAAGGAAACUGGAGCACUACCACCGGAAGCUGCGGGAGGUGGAGCACAACGGUAUUCCACGUCAGCCAAAGGAUGUUCUGCGGGACAUGCAGCAGGGCCUGAAGGAUGUCGGAGCUAAAGUCACAGGCUUCAGUGAAGGCGUGGUAGACAGCGUAAAGGGAGGUUUCUCCAGUUUCUCCCAAGCCACCCACUCCGCUGCCGGGGCCGUCGUCUCCAAACCCCGGGAGAUUGCGUCACUGAUUCGCAACAAAUUCGGCAGCGCUGAUAACAUCCCCUCGCUUAAAGACUCUCUUGACGACCCCUCAGUGGAAGAAGGUGUGACAGGGGCUGGUGGACGUUCACUGGGCAGUGCUGGGCAUCACCUCCAGCCCAGUCCAAAGUAUGGUAGUGAGGAUGACUGUUCUAGUGCUACAUCAGGCUCGGCGGGGGCCAACAGCACCACGGGGGCCCCCGGAGGUCCCCCAAGUUCCAAGGGCAACACACUUGAGAGGAGCCAGAGCUCCGGCCUGGACAUGCUGCUGCAGGAGGUGCAGGAGCUCAGGGAGGGCCAGGCGAGGCUGGAGGAGAGCCUUGAUGGUUUGAAGAGCCAUUACCAGAGAGACUACACAGUUGUUAUGCAAGCACUGCAAGAGGAACGCUUCAGGUGUGAACGUCUGGAGGAGCAGCUGAACGACCUGACAGAGCUUCACCAGAACGAGAUCCUCAACCUCGAACAGGAGCUGGCCAGCAUGGAGGAGAAGAUUGCCUACCAGUCCUAUGAGAGAGCCAGAGACAUUCAGGAGGCGUUGGAGGCGUGUCAGACCAGGAUCUCUAAGAUGGAGCUCCAGCAGCAGCAACAGCAGGUCGUCCAGUUGGAGGGGCUGGAAAAUGCCACAGCUCGGACCCUCCUGGGAAAACUUAUCAAUGUGCUGCUGGCCCUUAUGGCUGUCCUUCUGGUCUUUGUCUCAACUGUGGCCAACUGUGUGGUCCCGCUGAUGAAGACGCGGUCACGCUCGCUCUCCACCCUCCUCCUCAUCCUGCUGCUGGCCUUUUUGUGGAGAAAUUGGGACACUCUGUCGGGGUACACGCACCGCGCUCUGCAGCCACCGGGAUGACCAGAUGGAGGCGAGCAGCACAUGUUGCUUUGGUGACGCCAGGUGAUGUAACUUUAACUGCGAUCAUGCAGGAAGCUCGAAGAAAGUGAUUGCCGUUAGAACGGCUACAUGGCCGUGCACUGAAAAUUCGGCCGGGCACAUUCGGACACGGAAUCGAGAAAAAGUGGAAGACAGAGUAAAGUCGCUCAUGAUUGUCAUUUAGGAAGGACGAGACUGUUUACAUUUUUUGAAAAUGAACUGUUGUGUUGCUGCCCCCUCAGAAUGCAGCAUUGUACUGUUUUUAUCUUUAGAGUUUAAUCAAUUAUAAUGUUAUUAUUUCUAAUAAUAUUAUUUUUAUUUUCAGCGUUAUUUUAUUCAGUACCAUGUAGCAUUAAGCUCCUCUCACUUGACACAAGAGGGAGCUUAGUCAGGAAACUGGGUUGGCGAUUUGCUCCACAAGCCCAGUCCAAUUGUAGAGACAUGCAAAUGUGGUAAUGUGGUUGAUUGCCUUUAGGAAGAGAACUCUUACCUAGCUGUGAUUGGUAGAUUUGAACCAUGGUUGAAAACCUUCCUGAGAGUUGCUCCUUUCUUGCUGUGAUGAAAUUUUGUUCGUACAGAACAUUUGGAAGGACUGAAUGUGAUCUUUGAGUGUCACACCGACUAGAGACUUUUUGUGCUUCCUUUACAUUUCUAAUAGCAAAGAUCACAUGCUUUUACUUAUUUCUUUUUUAAGUUAAACAAGAAAAACUCUGUUUGACAGUGAAACAUGAUGACAGAAUGGGCUGGCUUUAGAGGGAAAGAUUACAAUGGGCUGCUUACCAUAGAAACGGCACAUAAACACACAGAGAACAUCUGGUUAUUGUUAAGCAUCUGCCAUAUUUGCAACAUGUAAACAAUGCUGCAUGUUUCCAUUAAGAAAAAUUACAUAACUAGUUUUAUGUUUAAAGACAAUGACAAAAGACCAUUGUCCAAGAAAAAUCAAUUUGCCAGAAUGACUGUCUCCCCCUGCCAUCAUACUUGAUGUGAUCAGGUCAAGAAAGAGAGACCGCUGGUGCUCCUCCAGCUCCGGCUCAGUCGGAACAGGAAUGCUGCUGCUUUAUAUCUUCAGUGAAAGUCGUCUCCACUGCCAUGCCGGUCAAAUGCACACUGAUACUGUACCCUUCACCAGACUUUCUCCUUGUGUAUUAUUUCUUUCGCCGUCCUUCUUUUUUCUACAAGUGCACCACCUUCUGGUGUAAUCACCCAGUGCCAAACCUUAGUCUACCCAGGGGCUGCCUGAGCACCCAAAGGGUCCAAGCUGAGAAGAAAGGAGGGAGAAGUUGCUUCUUUUAGAUAUGUAAUGAAUGUCUUGCCUGGAUGUCAAGGAUAUAUCUUUUUGCAAGGGUUAAAAAUCAAUUAGAGAAUUCACAAUCUGAGGUCCAGAUCUUCAGUUGUGUGUUUCAGCACCUUGCCUCCUCGACUCCAGUUCCUUAGCCGGGCGUCCAGUCUUUCUUAUAUACUCUUUCUUUCUUUUCUCAUCGAGUCAAGGACGCAACACGAUGACCUAGCACAUUUAAUAGUUCAUUCUGCAUUUCAUGCUGAGACGCUGAUUUCCUAACAGAUAGCGAGAUCAUUUGAACUGUACAGCUGCACUUUAGCACACGGCUAGAUAACAUACAAGCUGGUCUGAGGCUUGAGAAACCUUUGAUAGCGACUUCAAAGGUUGUCACUCUUAAGACAGUCAGCCUCAGUGGGAGAAGAAGAGUCGACUCAGGUCAGGAUCACUGUCAUCCUCGUCUAAAGAUAAACCCACACAAAGAGGAAAUUUACUUCAUUUCUUGUCAUAAACGUCGAUAAACUUGAUUCCAUGCAAGUCAGACACGCCAUUAAACCGGUAGAUUUAUUGACAAUUUUUGGACACAGCGGCCGCAGCAGACAAGUCGGGAUUGAGCUGACCUUUGACCUCAGCUUGACCUUGCAGUAACACCUGUGAUGUGUGUGCUAAACCACUCCAGUGCCUUCUGAUGUCCUUUUUCUAAGUGUGGAAUAAAUAAAGUGCAUUCCUGACUAA